AUGUUUGUGAAUCUUGUUUGGCUUUUUGAUGUGCAAGUUGAGAGAAGAGUGUUUUACAGCCAAAACAUGACGGCCAAACCAUUGUUUACUAUUAACGAACCGGUCUUUGCCUUGCACCAAGGAAAAACAUACAAGGCAAAAAUCCUCGAGUCUAAACUCGACGAAGAAAUAAACGAAUGGCAAUACUACAUUCAUUAUGACGGUUGGAACAAAAAAUGGGACACCUGGGCGCAAGCAGAUGUGUUGCAAAAACGAACGGAGAAGACUGAAGAAUUGUUCAAUAAAAUGAACGUGGCAACGAAGAAAAGUGAUUCACGUAAAUCUAGUGGAAGUAAAUCAAACAAUAAGCGUUCGACGAUCACUCAAAGUGAUAUCGCAUCUCAAAUGCAAUUGAGCGCAGCUGAUGACAGUCAUGAUUCGAAUUCAACAAGUACAACAUCAAAAGAAAAUAAUAAACGAGCAAGAAAACGACAACGUACCGAUUCAAUUGAAAAAUUGAAAACCUUUGAAAAUAAAGUUGUGAUUGAAAUUAAACUACCCGAUGAAAUUAAAAAUUAUCUUUCACAUGAUUGGAAUUUGAUCAAUAAUGAACAUAAACUUUUGACAAUUCCUUGUCAACCAUCAGUCGAAGAGAUUACAAAUCUCUAUCGACAAUCAAAAGCAAACAAACAAAAAGCAGCUGAAGCUGAACAUACAAUCCAUUUCUCUGAAAGUAUUAUCACUUACUUUGAUACAGCAUUAUCAACAAUGUUAUUAUAUGCAGUCGAGAGGCCUCAAUACAAACAAUUACAAGAAAGUCAUGGAAUUGGUGACAAAGCACAACCAUCGACAAUAUAUGGCAUCAUUCAUCUUUUGCGUUUGAUGAGUCAAUUAGGAUCGAUCUUAGCAUAUUCGCCACUUGAACAAACCGAAGUCGAUUUCUUACUUGGUCAUAUUGAUGAUUUUAAUCGGUUUCUGGAGAAAAACAUUAAGAGUUGGACCAAUGAUGAUGACUAUCAAAGCAAUUCAGUUAGUCAAACUGAAUAA